AUGAUGGCUCGGUCAUCUAAACAGCAUAAAACCCGCUCUAAUGGCUUAGCAAAUGAAAAUACCGUAUCUAAAUCGAUAUCUAAAACAGUAGACCAGACGUCAGUUAAUGCAGUGGAUUCAGUUAUUUCAUCAAAUGUUCCAUUAUCAAAGGAACAGUUGACUCCUGCUUCUACAGUAGCUCCUGAUGCUGCAGUAACAUUAAAUUCAUCAAACCCUGUUAUGUUUUCUGAUCUUUCACUUUCAAAACCUACAGCUAAAGCACUAGCAGAAAUGGGUUUUUCUAAAAUGACAGAAGUUCAAGCACGUACAAUACCUAUUUUAAUGGCAGGCAAAGAUGUUCUUGGUGCUGCAAAAACAGGAAGUGGGAAAACGUUGGCAUUUUUGAUUCCAGCAAUUGAAAUUCUGUAUUUUUUGAAAUUUAAGCCUAGAAAUGGUACUGGCAUUAUUGUAAUAUCGCCUACUCGUGAACUUGCAUUACAAAUAUUUGGUGUAGUUAAUGAUCUUUUAAAAUAUCAUAGUCAAACAUUUGGCGUUGUAAUUGGGGGUGCUAAUAGGCGUGCAGAGGUUGAAAAAUUGGAGAAAGGUGUUAAUCUUUUAAUAGCAACACCUGGGCGCCUUUUGGAUCAUUUACAAAAUACAAAAGGAUUUGUUUAUAAAAAUUUAAAGGCACUUAUUAUUGAUGAAGCAGACCGUAUACUUGAAAUUGGAUUUGAAGAUGAAAUGCGUCAAAUUAUUAAAAUACUUCCUAGCGAAAACAGACAAUCUAUGCUAUUUUCAGCAACACAAACAACGAAAGUUGAAGAUCUUGCUAGAAUAUCACUACGACCUGGGCCUCUUUAUAUUAAUGUGGAUUCUGAUAAAAAAAAUUCGACAGUGGAUGGUCUUGAACAAGGUUAUGUUGUUUGUGAUAGUGACAAACGUUUUUUACUUCUUUUUACUUUUCUCAAACGUAACCUUAAAAAAAAGAUUAUUGUAUUUUUUUCGAGUUGUAAUUCUGUAAAAUAUCAUUCUGAAUUAUUAAACUAUAUUGAUAUUCCUGUCCUGGACCUUCAUGGAAAACAAAAACAGCAAAAAAGAACUAAUACAUUUUUUGAAUUUUCUAAUGCAAAACAAGGAAUUCUUAUAUGUACUGAUGUAGCUGCAAGAGGUCUAGAUAUUCCCGCUGUAGAUUGGAUUAUUCAAUAUGAUCCUCCUGAUGAUCCAAGAGAUUAUAUUCAUCGUGUUGGACGUACUGCUAGAGGAACUAAAGGAAAAGGAAGAAGUCUUAUGUUUCUUGUACCUAGUGAAUUAGGAUUUUUAAGAUAUCUUAAAGCUGCAAAAGUUUCAUUAAAUGAAUAUGAAUUUAGUAAAUUAGCAAACAUUCAAUUACAGCUAGAGAAAUUAAUUUCAAAAAAUUAUUAUCUAAACAGAUCUGCAAAAGAUGGUUAUAGAAGUUAUUUGCAAGCGUAUUCUUCAUAUGCUUUAAAAUCAAUAUUCGAUGUUAAUAACCUUGAUCUUGCUAAAGUAGCAAAAAGUUUUGGAUUUGCUACUCCACCUUCUGUAAAUAUUAAUGUUGGUAGCGGAAGCAAAUCUAGUUAUAAGUCUUCUAGAUCUUUUAAAAGAAGAUAUGAUGAUUCUUGUAAGAAUGAAUAUUUUAAGAAACAGAAAACGAGUCUUAUAUAUAAAAACACUGAAAAUGAAAAAAACACAUGGAGUAGAUAG